AAAAAAAAAAAAAAAAAAGGAGGGAGGUAAGGGUAUGAACAUUCUGUAAAUCCAGACAGAAGAGAAACACUGGUCCUAUAUGUUUCUGACUGUGGUUCCCACAUUUCUGUGGCCUAGCUGGUCAGAGGAACCAGAGAAGUUCUUUAACUGAGAACUUCCUCAGUUUCUGCUGAGUUUUACAGCUUCUUUGGACUCUGCCUCCUGUGUCAUAGUGCCUACGAGGUUUCACUGGAUUUUUCUACUUACAUUCUGUCCUAGAUUGACAGAUCCAACUGACAGACUAGAACAGCUUGAGAGAUAUUUCUGUCUCUUCAGCCUAUUUGUGAUGCUGCGUUGUGUUCAGUAGGACAAAAUCACCUGAUGCUAAUUCCUUUAGACAGGUCUUACAUCCAUUCCAUUCUCAUCCUUAGCCAUCCAUUUCUUACGUGAUCUAUCAUACUUAGGUCUUUCCAGAUAGGUUAUCUUAUUGGAGAAUCAUUCAGGAUUACAGUGAUGGAUUGUCAUCUCUUUCUGCUGGGGCUGGUUACAGUUGAAAUUGUUACUUAAGAACUUCACCUGUUUGACCUCAGUCAUUCCUCCCAAAGCUCUCCCCUGUAUGGGUAUCGUGAGCACAUCCCAUGCAAAGAGGUGUUUUGUCCACAUUUGUGCAAAUGGUGCCUUGAUAUGGAAGAAAAUGAAGAAAUGAUGAAAAAUAUGGAAUAAGAAUCAGCCUUGGAACUGCAAAACCUCAGAAGCCACCUGGAGAGCGCCCCGGCGCGGGGUGGCGCCGAGCCGUGCGUCCCGCUGGAGGGGAGCCUCGGUCGGGGCUGGCAAUGCCGAGGGGAAAAAGGAGCCGGAGUACGGGCUGGAGGAAGGUCCGGGCUCUUCGCCUGGAGGACGUCAGGCACUGGUGGAUGAGGCGGCUGCCCGUUUUGGAGUGGGUGCCCGCCUAUGCCUGGAAGGAGAAUUUGGUUCCCGACGCGGUUUCUGGGAUGAUGCUAGCCAUUCAACAGGUGACACAAGGGCUGGCCUUUGCUGUUCUAUCUUCAGUCCAUCCAGUUUUUGGUUUAUACGGCUCUUUCUUCCCUGCCAUUAUUUAUGCCAUAUUUGGAAUGGGUCGUCAUGUUGCGACAGGAACGUUUGCUUUGACUUCCUUAAUAUCUGCCAAUGCAGUUGAACGUCUUGUUCCCUCAGCUGGCACUAAUUUCACUGCAAACAAUAAUUCAGGAGUCUUGGGCCUAUCAGAAUUUGAAAUGCAGAGGAUUGGAGUUGCAGCUGCAGUUUCAUUUCUGGGAGGAAUCAUUCAGGUAGCAAUGUUUAUGCUGCAGUUGGGCAGUGCCACCUUCUUGUUAACAGAACCAGUGAUCAGUGCAAUGACAACAGGAGCAGCGACACAUGUGGUGACUUCACAAGUGAAGUACUUGCUGGGAAUGAAAAUGCCAUAUAUAUCAGGACCACUAGGAUUUUUUCACAUUUAUGCCUACAUAUUUGAAAAUAUCAGAUCAGUUCAACUAGAGGCUUUACUUCUCUCCUUGCUGAGCAUUGUGGUGCUUGUUCUUGUUAAGGAAUUGAAUGAGAAAUUUCAGAGAAACAUUAAAAUUGUUCUUCCUAUCGAUCUAGUUUUGAUAAUUGCUACAUCCGCUGCCUGCUACUAUGCUGAUAUGGAAUACGUCUAUGGGCUAGAAGUUGUGGGACAUAUUCCUGAAGGGCUACCACCACCAAAACUGCCACCCAUGAAUGUCCUGUCUGAAGUAGUCACUGAAGCUUUUGGAGUAGCACUGGUUGGUUAUGUAGCAUCGCUAGCUCUAGCCCAAGGCUCUGCUAAAAAGUUUAAAUACACUGUGGAUGACAACCAGGAAUUUUUGGCUCAUGGUCUCAGCAACGUGAUUCCUUCAUUUUUCUUUUGCAUACCAAGUGCAGCAGCAAUGGGGCGGACGGCACUUUUAUAUAGUACGGGCGCCAGAACACAGGUGGCUUGCCUUAUCUCCUCUGCAUUAAUUCUUGUGGUAAUCUACACAAUUGGACCAAUGCUAUACUGGCUGCCUAUGUGUGUGCUAGCAAGCAUUAUCAUUGUGGGCUUGAAAGGAAUGUUAAUGCAGUUCCGUGACUUAAAAAAAUAUUGGAAUGUGGAUAAAAUAGACUGGAGCAUAUGGGUUAGUACUUACGUGUUCACAAUCUGUUUUGCUGCUAAUGUGGGACUGUUGUAUGGUGUUGUCUGCACUAUAGUAACUGUGAUUUUCCGCUUUUCCAGAGCAAGGACACUAAAUUUGAAAAAUAUGAAAGAAGUGGAAUAUAAAUACAAAACAGAAGAUAAUUGUCAAUCAUUAAAACAGGUAAAGAUAGUUUCAGUCAACAACCCAUUAGUCUUUCUGAAUGCCAGGAAAUUUCAUGCAGACCUUACAAAAAUAAUCCAGAAGGAUAGCACGAGCAGCCAGGCAUGUGAAGAUGUAAACAAGUGUGAGCAGAACACAUUACUCUGUUCAUUUUCCAAUGGAAGUUGUCAUGGUGAGUCACUGCAGCCAUCUCAGAGUGAGCGACGUGUUUUGAUAUUGGAUUGCAGUGGACUGAGUUUGUUUGACUACACUGGAGCCUCCAUGUUGCUUCAGAUUUACAUGGAUUGUAAAAACAGACACAUUGAUGUGUUGCUAGCACACUGCAAAGCUUCCUUGAUAAAAGCAAUGCAGUACGGUGGAAAUCUUGAAUCUGAAUACCCUGUCUUCUUUGAAUCUGUUUCUUCAGCAAUCGAUGCCAUUCAGAUUCACAGGAAUUACAGCAAGUUCAGUGAACAGAGUGAAGUGUGAUGCCGACCCAUCAAAUGUGGCUAGUCCAAUCAGCUCAUAUUCAGAAUGAACUAUACCACGGUUUCUCCUUAGCAUUUUUUUUUCUCCAGGAGCUCUCAUAUCUCUCAUAUAUGCUACUUUGUAUGCCAUACAUAUUUACAACAUUCAGUAAUGACAGAUCUGCCAUUCAGAAAAAAAAAUAUCUUUAGCUGCCAUCACUCAGAGAAUGUUCAUACAAUUGUUCUAUAAUGGUUUUAUAUAAUAUUUUUAUACACAUUUAGACACAAAUUAUUAGACAGCAGAUGUGGGGUAUUGGCUGUUUACUAUCUUUUAGAUAUCUUUUAUUAUAACAUUAGUUGUAAUACGCAUCUGUAGUUUUGUGCAUGGAAUAAGGAGACAUUAUGAAUUCUUGAAAGCAGUGUGUUAUAAUUGAUACAGUAUACGCAGGAAGCCAUAUACCAAUGCAUACUCUAAUAGCUUUACUUAUCCUUUUUGCUGUUCAAGAUAGCUAUUUGCAAUAACAGCAUCAUAUCACAGCUAACAUAUCCUUGCAUUUUUCAUAUUUGGUUAUUAUAUGCUUUUUAAUGCCUGCCAAGGUCAGUGAGAGCACAGUGUAUUGAAAGAAGGCAGAUGGAUAUUGUCUAAGUGCACUGGAUUGUCUCUUCUUCUAGUAGAUGUCAUGAGUUAUUAUAAUGGUUUGCUAUAUUUUCAGUGUCACAGGUAUUCUUUAGCUCAGAUUGAAGAGGAAAAAUUGGUAACAUUUUUCCAAAACUUUUUCUUGUUUCCAGCAUAGUCUGCAUUUCUGAAUUGCUACUGGAAUUUGAUCAGGGCUGGAAUCUUCAGCUGUGGCAGCUGGGAGGUGACCCUAGAGAGACACAGAAGGCAUGUGUCAAUUUUCAGCCCAAAUGCCAGCUUAUGUGAGCACACAAAUGUGGGGUGGGGGAAGAAUUCACAGGUUGAAUUCACACGUUUGGAUUGCAAUUAUGGAUUGCCAUCAAUCAUAUUAGAUUGUGCUAUCACAUCAGUAUCAUAUUAUUUGGCAACAUAUGUGAAGAUUUUUUCCUUGUCUUUUUUGCCAUAUAUGUACACAAGCUGUAAAAUGUAAAAUUUGAGGAGAAAAAAAAAAUUAGAAUGGAUGAGGAGUAUGUAAUUACCUCACUGACCUUAAACUAUGGAAGCUAAAAUGUAAAUGAAUAUGGCAUGGCUGUAAUGGCUAUCUUAGCACUACAGAGAGGAGAGAAGCAUAAGGGUGAAGUGCAUAAGGGAGAAGCUGGAGUGCAUAGCCAAAAUCUAAUGCUAAGCAUCCUCUUUUCAGCAGCAGUUAUGUUUGUAUGUUUGUCUGGACACCGCUCUCUGCACCCAAAGCAGCUACCAGACAUAGAUGAGGCAGCUCACGGAGUGAUUUUCACAUCUUGCAUAUUUUUGUUAAGGCAAAUAUAAGCCUUUCUUCUGUCCUUGGUCAUUCCACAUUACUAGGAGACAAUGGGAGAGAGCCCUGUGUUCUUUUACCUUUUCAGUCAUAGGUGACUAUUAGGGUUAUUUCACACAUUGUGCCACAGACGAGCAGAAGCAUUCUUUAUGUGUUCUACUAAGAUAACGUUUCAAAAAUACUAUGCAAAAUGCUGAUUAGUAACUGUAAGAAGCUUGUUAUACACAGAAGUAAGUUCUGUUCAUUGUGCCAAGUGCAUUUGUGUCAGAUGCUGUAGUUGAUUGCAAAUGACUCAUUACAUCCUUGGACAUAGUAACAGGCUAUAACAUUUGGUUAUUAAUUUCCUCAGACAGUUUUAGUAAUUUAUGAACACUUUAGAAACUGUUUACAUUGUGCUUUAAUUGUAGAAGAAUCAACUGUAUGUCACAGCUGAAUGGAGAUCUCUACUUAACUGCAAGCUGAAUAAAUGAAUAAAAGUUAUCUUUUCUAUUAAGUUCAUUAUUUAUUCUUUGAUGGCUAAAUGUAUUUUCUGAAGAUUUGUGGAUAUGUUGGUUAAUGAAAUUGUUAAACUGUGGUCUUUAGCAAAGAUAGCAUCGACCAUGAGACCUUCAGUUUUGUUCCGAAUGAUCUUGUUAAUGAAACAACACAGAUGCUGUUAAAAUUAUUUGUAAUGUUAGUGCCUGAUGAAGCUCUCUGCAUCAAAUUAAGAAAUUUGUAGUGCUAAUCAAAAUAUCUUCCACUUUUCACUGUGUUCAAUAGAAAUAACAUUGCUACAGCUAAAUGGCUGUUUUGAGAUGGACAUUUAUCUCCCAUUAGGUCAAAGACCUUCCUGUGACACAAUAUCACUUACAAAUGUGUUUCAUCUGUGUAAGACUACAAAUUCAAAUUGUCUUAAUGCUGUGAUUACUGCUUAAUUGUCUCUCAGGGUAGAAUCAAGGAAGAAAUACAUUUCUUACCUUAUGACUCUGACUUUUCUAAUCUUCCAGCACUGGGGCUUGGGAUACUUGUAAUAUUCCUGUAAUAUAUUUUACUUUGUAUAAUUAACCUAAAUUUCCUCUUAUUUCUGAACAUAUAAAUUGUUAAUUAACUUCCCUUUCUGGCAAGUAGCACCACUAAUGACAGUUUUUUCUCAGAAGAACAGAGCAUUUGAGGAGUCCAUGAAGGUGACCAGAUGCUGUCAGACUUCAUAAAGCAGUGACUGACUGCCAGGGAAUUAUCAUUGAUCUCUCUGCUUGUGGCCUGUGAGAUGCUGAGUGUCUCAUCUGCAUGACUCUCUACAAAUCUCUGCUGAUUGUGUGUUUGCAUGGUUAUCUGGCAAACAACUGCCUGAUUAUCUGGUGAAGAUUCAAGGAAACACCCUAAACCUUUUAGUUUUGGAGUUCAAUAUCAGUUUUAACCUGUUCCUUGAUGCUUUUCUGUAUAUACUGUCCACUGGCUCUGUCUCACAGGAAGCAUUAGGCUGUAACUUAUGCUGAGGUCUGCAGCAACUUAUCCCCAGACCUCCUGUUAGCUGCACCAUAUUCUUCUGGAGCAGGAAGGCGAAGUGAACCAAACCCACCCUGUAGCAAAGGGGCUGCACAAAGCCCAUGUGCUAUUAAAUGCCCUGGUAUCACUCUCACAACUGAGAUGAAUUGCAGACAGAAAGAAUAAGGGGGCUUUGUUAUUCUGUCCCCUUGAGGCAGCCAUGCAUCUUUGUACCUUCCAGCCUGAUUUACCUGAAUAGACAUAGGGACUUUUCAGAGUAAUGCAAAGUUUUAUUACUUGUGCUUGCAUGUGUAAGGCUGUGUGUUGGUAGCAAGAAGAGUCCAGUCUUGCAAAGUGCUGAGCUCCCCUGGUUCCUGUUGGUUUCUGAAGGCAAGAGAGAUUCCACUCCUCACAGCAGAGGCUCGAGGAAGCAUCUCCUCACCUAACGUGCCAUUCUGCGAGGUUUCACCUAAUGAAACCAACAGGGGCUCCAGGCAGUAAACAAUUCAGAAAAUCUGGCCAUUCAUUUUGAUUCCUAUCUGUGUCCUCAGAUGUACAGGUUUUACACCCCUAAACUCAAAGCAUAUGGAACAUGUGAGUUGUAGAGAUCCAUGUUUCAAUAUUGCACAUUUCGGUGCAUUCUGCACUACAUAGGAAAACAUUAAUGUAAUAUUAUUUUCAAGAGUUGCUCAACAUUUUUAGAGAUUUGGUAUUUGUUUGAUGUGUUUAGGAUUUCUUAGCUAUUUUUAGGAAUUAAUUCUAAAUGUUAGAUGUUACUUGACGUGAAUGAAGAGUUUUCCCAUUAAAUUUAAGAUGUGCUAAUCAGAAUAUGCUAAAAUGGGGAUCUGAUCAUAUGCUUCUUACAGAAUUUGUGUUUCACACGUUCCAAAACAAAGCAAGCAAUGAGGAAAAAAAAUAGAGUGCAAACUGAUGUUAAGAAGUGAACAUAGUGACAAUUAUAAAUUAGGCAUAAAACGUGUAAUAAGGAAAAGACUGUUAACAUUAUAUUUAUGCAAAUUAAAUGGUUCUAAUUCUCAUCAUAUGUCUUUCUUUUUAAAGGUUAUUUGCCCUGAUUCUAUGAUUCAAGUGUCACAAGGUCUGACUUCAGCUGCUUUGACAUAAUUUAUUUGACAGCUCUGUGUGCCAUAAAUAUAUAAUGUAACAAGGAAAGGUAUCUUCACUGUUGAAUGAAAACAUUAAUGCGUCAAUACUGUGUAUGAAUACUGUUUGACAUUUACUAGUUACAAAAAUAAAAUACACAGUAUGCCUUGAAAA